AUGGAGGCGGCCUGGCGGGCGGCGGGCGUGGGGCGGGGCCGAGGCAGGGCGCGGGCCCCCCCCGGCCUCGGGGGCCGCGGCCGGGGGGGCCCCGGCGGGGGGCAGGAGAAGGAUGCCGAGGGGCCCCGCCGUCGCCCGGGGCGACGAGCAGGAGGAGGAGGAGGAGGAGGAGGAGGGGGACCAGGGGGACCGGCGGCAGCAGGAGGAGCGGCGGCGGCGGCAUCGGCGGAGAACUGCGGGAGCGGCGGCGGGGGCCCCCCGGGAGCCAGCGAGCUCACAUCUCAGAAAAAAUUCGAGGAAAUCAAGAAGGCCAAUCAGGCUGCUGCGAAGAAGUUUGUGGAUGGCCCCUUUAGCUCCUCAUCUGAUGAAGAAGGAGAUGGAGAUUUUGAAGGAAAACACGGGACAAUUAUGGCCAAGACAUUUACAACGUACACCAGUCAGACUGGGGGUGAUGGAAGUGAAUUGGAGCGCACUCGUCAGUAUGUGAACGAAGCCUUUCAGGCGGGGGCUCUGACCUGUCUGAUCUGCAUUGCUUCGGUCAAGAGAAACCAAGCGGUUUGGAGUUGCUCUGGAUGUUUCUGUAUCUUUCACAUGCCGUGUAUCCAGAAGUGGGCCCGCGAUAGUCUUUUCCUCGUUUCUUCUCCCCUGACGGAUGAUGACUUCGGGAAGAGAGACUAUCCUUGGCCAUGCCCCAAGUGUCGUUUUGAGUACCACCGAUCGGAGACACCCACCCGCUACUACUGCUACUGUGGGAAGGUGGAGGAUCCCCCACUGGACCCCUGGCUCGUGCCACACUCCUGCGGCCAAGUGUGCGAGAGGGAAUUCAAACCUCCCUGUGGGCACAAGUGUUUGCUCCUCUGUCACCCUGGCCCCUGCCCUCCGUGCCCAAAGAUGGUUUCCACCGCCUGUUACUGUGGGAAGGCCAGACCAGUGCCCCGCCGCUGCAGCACCAAGGACUGGUCCUGCCAGAAGUCCUGUGGCCGUACUUUGCCGUGCGGGCAGCACAAAUGUGAGAGCCCCUGUCAUGCAGGAAGCUGUCAGCCUUGCCCGCGCGUGAGCCGACAGAAGUGUAUCUGUGGCAAGCAGGUGGCCGAAAGACUCUGCGCCAGUCCCCUGUGGCACUGCGACCGGGUGUGUGGGAGGACGCUGCCGUGCGGCAGUCAUACAUGUGAGCGGGUUUGCCAUGCUGGGCCCUGUGGAGAGUGUCCCCGGUCUGGGAAACGGUCCUGCCCAUGUGAGAAAUCCAAGUUCUCCCUGCCGUGUACGGAAGACGUGCCGACCUGUGGGGACAGUUGUGACAAAGUCCUGGAAUGUGGGCUGCACAGGUGUUCUCAGCGCUGCCACCGAGGCCCUUGUGAAAUAUGCAGACAGGAAGUUGAGAAGCACUGUCGCUGCGGAAAGCACUCCAAGCGAAUGCCAUGUCACAAGCCCUAUCAGUGUGAUACCAAAUGUGUUCGAGUUCGAGACUGCCAGAAGCAUCAGUGUAAGAGGAAGUGUUGUCCUGGAAACUGCCCACCCUGCGACCAGAACUGUGGACGAACACUCGGAUGUCGGAAUCACAAGUGUCCUUCCGUCUGUCACAGAGGGAGCUGCUACCCAUGCCCUGAGACUGUCGCUGUCAAGUGCCACUGUGGGAACACGGUGGUGACCGUGCCCUGCGGCAGGGAGCGGACUACCCGGCCCCCCAGGUGCAAGGAGCUGUGCAGCCAGCCUUCAACUUGUCAUCAUCCAAACCGAGAGACUCACCGCUGUCACUUUGGCGCCUGCCCACCCUGUCGUCAGCCGUGCCAGAAGACUCUGGAGAAAUGUGGCCAUCUGUGUCCUGCUGCGUGCCACGACCAAGCCCUCGUGAAGCAGACUGGCCUGCCCCAGCCCGCAGGCCCCUGGGAACAGCCAUCUGAGCCAGCGUUUAUCCAGAAGGCUCUGCCAUGUCCCCCGUGUCUUGUCCCUAUUCCCACGGAAUGCCUAGGGAAGCAUGAGGUGAGUCCGUUGCCUUGCCACGCUGCCGUCCCUUACUCUUGCAAGAGGUUUUGUGGCCAGUCCCUGAACUGCCAGAAUCACACAUGCACCAAGGAGUGUCACCGCGUCACCCAAGAAGAUAGCAACGCUCCUGGAGGCAGAAAGGCCCAACCCGAGUGUCUCCAGUGCGAAGAGCCAUGUUCAAAAUCACGUCCGACAGGCUGCCCUCACCCGUGUGUCUUGCCUUGUCACCCGGGAGCCUGUCCUCCCUGUGGGCAGAUGCUUAGGAUCAAAUGCCACUGCAAGAUCUCCAGCCUCUACGUGGCCUGUGUAAAAUUAACUUCUGCCAGUGAAAAAGAGAAGGCCAUCCUUAGCUGCUGCCAGAAUCAGUGCCCCAAAGAGUUGCCAUGCGGACAUCGCUGCAAAGAGAUCUGUCACCCGGGUGACUGUACUCCCAAUUGCAAUCAGAAGGUGAAACUCCGGUGCCCGUGCAAGAGGCUCAAGAAGGAACUGCCGUGCUGCAAGGCUCGCGAGGGGCAUGUCUCCUUGGACUGUGACGCACUGUGCAGGGAAGCGAAGCGGAAGGCGUCCGAGAUAAAGGAAGCGGAAGCCAAGGCUGCUGGUGAAGAGGCGAAGCGGCGACAGCAGGCUGAACUCGAGGCUUUUGAAAAUCGACUGAGAGGCCGGAGAAAGAAGCCCAAGAAAAGAGACGAGGUGGAAACUGAGCCGUCAGCAUGGCAGAGAUAUAGAAAGUUCCUUCUUGUGCCCGUGUGCGGUGUGGCGGCGGCCAUGCUGGCAUGGUACAUGACCCAGGGAGGGCCCUGACGAGGGUCUCUCUCACCGAAGACUGCUCCAGGCCGCGUCCGGUCAUCAUGCUGGGCUCAGAAAGGGCCGGCUGUGCGGUGGGGCCCCUUAUUGGCCUUUCACAGAUGAAAGUUGGAGGGGGGAGCGCGUCUGGCUGGGCUGCGUGGUCCAGAGUGGGCAGUGGACUGCGGUGUCGGGCAGGCUUGCUCAGGGAUUCCCUACACAGUCAUCUCGCUUCUCAGUGGUGCGGCGGACUGGAGCACGCAAAGUCUGUGGGAGAAGCGAUGUCUCUGGGCAGCCUUGCCGCUCCUGAGAGGACAGCCUCUCCCCUGAGUAGGUAACCGCAUCGCCCACCCUUUCCAAUCAGACUCGAAGAUGGGCACCGUCCCUAAAUUGUGACUUCCGGAAAUGGCCUAUCGACAAUAUAGGUUCUCACCCGGGGCUUCUUAAGCUGUAUUUUGCGAUUCCCCUUCCCAGAAUUGCUUUGCUAAAGUGUUGGAUCUUUGGAAGGAAAGUUCAUUUUUUUCAACAAGGUGUCCAUUUAUUGUUUUCAACAAAUGUGUUAGGCUUCCCACUCCACGUGGGACUGUCUCUUUGGAACAGAACCACUGUGGAAGUCGGUUUGGUGGUGAAAUUUAAGAGGAAGCUCUCAAGGUGCCUUCAAAUCUUGGAAUUCUCUUGGCUCUUCUACAGGCAGUAUAAAGCAAACAACUGGAACAUCGCUCUGGAACGCUGCAGUGUGGGUGAGCCAGUGGCCACCCUCUCCGUGCUGUCGCUCUUUAUCUCAUUUGGAGGUGGGCACCUUUUAAGCAUCCAAAGAUUUUCAUUCUCAGAUGUGCAUUUGCGAGAUCCAGACAUAAAAAGGCUAGGGAACAAUACUAAUAUGUAAAACUCUAAAUUUAAUAAACCCCUUCUUUAUUAUGAAACAGCA